AUGGCACGCCUUUCCUUUCUUCUGCCCCUUUUGGGCCUGCUCACAGUUCCUGCAGCAGCUGUUCUUACCAUCUCGGCCGCUCUCAACGUAAUCGAAUACGUCCCUCUCCUUACCACCUCCGAAGAUUACUACAACUCCUCCGCAAUUUUCGUCAACGGCGGAGUCGCGCCCCUCGUCCGCAACAGCUCUAUCGACCUCGGCGCCAACGCCGAAACCCAAGCCCUCCGCAAUUACGCAAAUAACACCUCCCUCCGGAUCAUAUGGAACAUUGCCGAGGUCCCCUACCGCCUGGUAGCCAACCGCGCAGCCGGUAUUUCCUCUCUUUCCGAUCUCAAAGGGAAGCGAGUUGGCACUAUCAACGGCACCUCGGCGGGUUACUUUGUCGAGCAGCUCCUCAAAACAGUCGGUCUCGAAUACGGGGAUUACCAAACCAUCGCCGGCAACAUCUGCCACGAGGCACCCUGCGGAAACAAGACCUUCCCUGACAUGCUGGCAAGAGGAGAAGUUGACGCGUUUGGCAUCUGGGAACCCACCCUCCAAUUGGGCAUCGACGCGCUCCCCACGGGGCAGACGGUGGUGUUCCAGGACAGAAAGGUGUACCGCGAGAUUUACAACUUGCACUCUACCAAAGAGAAGCUGGCGGACAAGAAGAAAAGGAAAGAAAUUGUGGUGUUCUUGAAGAAUCUGAUCAAGGCGCAGAGUGUGUUUGAGGAGGAGCCGGAGAAGGUCUAUGCGAGGGUCUCGGCCGCGGUGAAUGUGAGGGUGCCGUUGUUGGAGAAGGUUUGGCGGGUUCAUGAUUGGAGUGGGGGGAUCCCGGAAGACCUGGUGGAUGUGCUGGGGGAGGAGGAGAAGUACGUUGCCAGGGUGGAUAACAGGGCCGCGAGCAGUAGGGAGCAUGUGGCCAAGAUGGUGGAUGGGAGUGUGCUUGUGGAGGCGUUGGCGCUGUUGAAGAAGGAGGAGCGGCGUGGAGAGGGACAUGGGAAGGAACGUGGGCGGGAUUGA